GAGCUGUCAAAACAGCCAUCCAAAAUACAGAAGAGAAAGUCCCGCAUUCCCCCAGAUUGUCUUUGGCUAUAAUUCGAGAAAAUAAUAUGGUAGACGAAGGAACCAAAAAGACUCUGAGUGGAAUACCGCUGCUACAGACCCGGGCAGGACCUAGGGAGAAGGACAUAUGGGUACAACGCCUGAAAGAGGAGUAUCACGCAUUAAUUAAGUAUGUUCAAAAUAACAAGGACUCUGGCACAGACUGGUUCCGGUUGGAAUCGAAUAAGGAAGGAACAAAAUGGUUUGGCAAAUGCUGGUACGUUCACAACUUGCUGAAGUACGAGUUUGAUGUGGAGUUCGAUAUACCAGUAACUUAUCCUACCACAGCACCGGAAAUUGCACUGCCCGAAUUGGAUGGGAAAACUGCAAAAAUGUACAGAGGCGGGAAAAUUUGCUUAACUGAUCAUUUCAAACCUCUGUGGGCGAGAAAUGUACCCAAGUUUGGAAUAGCACAUGCAAUGGCUUUAGGGUUGGCACCAUGGCUUGCUGUUGAAAUCCCAGACAUGAUAGAGAAAGGUAUUGUGGUGUAUAAAGAGAAGAGUGAAGCCGCUUCAUAGCUUAGAUAAUUGCUUUUUAAUUCAUUAAUAAAAUGUUACAGAUUUUUCCAAAAAAAAAA